ACUCGAAGCUCUGCGUUAAUCUAAUGAUCCGUACUUCUUCCCCACCACAGCGAAGCCUCAAGCGACGUCGUUUCCUCGCCAAUCCUUCUCAUUUCAAUGCCCUCUACCUAUUGCUUCUUUCCUUGCUCUUCCACUCUUCUGCGGUCAAGUGAACGACGUUCAAGUGCGGGCGACGGUCUUUGAUUUGGGUGGGGAUAAUAUCUGGCUCAGAUCCUUUCUGGGAGAAAAAUGAGAAGACGCGUUGUGUAUGCAUGGUUAGUAGCUAUUGUAUGCUUCAUAGUGCUGAUGAUCGUGACCCCAACAAUUCCUCAAUCUCAAGAAUACCAUGAUUUUGCUGACAAACGCAAAUUCUUUGGCAUUCCUAAUGCACUUAAUGUGAUUUCAAAUUUUCCAUUCCUUGUUAUUGGUCUCAUUGGGCUUAUACUUUGCUAUCGUGGAUACUACAUGUUCAGUUUGCAAGGUGAAUUAUGGGGUUGGACAUGCUUUUAUGUUGGUGUGGCUGCGGUUGCAAUUGGAUCUUCAUACUAUCAUCUCAAACCAGAUGAUGCUCGCCUUGUGUGGGAUAGGUUACCAAUGACUGUUGCAUUCACAUCAAUAAUGGCAAUAUUCAUCAUAGAAAGGAUUGAUGAGAAGAAGGGAAUGCUUUCAAUUGUACCUCUAAUUUUGGCGGGUAUAAUAAGCAUAGUGUAUUGGAGGUUCUUUGAUGACCUGCGUCCAUAUGCUGUUGUCCAAUUCUUACCAUGCAUUCUGAUUCCCCUUAUGGCUAUUUUGUUGCCUCCAAUGUACACGCAUUCAACUUUUUGGCUCUGGGCAGCAGGAUUUUAUCUCUUAGCUAAGGUCCUAGAGGCUGCUGAUAAAGUGGUUUAUGAAUGGACUCAUCAUAUUGUCAGUGGUCAUACGCUUAAGCAUUUAUCUGCAGCAUUGGUUCCUGUCUUCUUAACACUUAUGCUUGCAAAGAGGGUUAUUGACAAUGAGAGACAAGCUCUGUUUAAAGUGUGGAUGGUUUACUGGAGGAAGGUCAAAGAAAGAAACCAUGAGAACCGCACUUGCUCAUAUGCGGUUGUGCAGGCUGUGGAAUCUGAUCAGUAGUGUCAUCUAUACACUUUCUUGCAGAAAAGGAAGAUGAGAUUAUACUGAAUUACUUAUAUAACAAGGUCAUUUGUCUUACAGCUGAAUGUGGACCCAUUGUAUUUUUUCUCUGGGACCUAAAAUUUAGACCCAUUAGAACAAACCACAUCUAGUUAAUUUUGAUGUUAUAUAAUUCAAUAGAUUUAGCUUGUGGAUUAUGUACAGUUUCUGAUAUCUAAUGUAUAGUGCUAAUCAUUAAUGUUGCUAAA